CCGAGAGUGCAUUUGCGGAAGACAAAAUCAACGGAAAACGACAGGCGGAGUGCCGAUCGCGUGAGACUGCCUAGGCGAUCCCGCACAGAACGAAGGACUACCUACGGCGCGUACAAGCAGGCGUCGGGCGGAGCAGGAAAGGCGGAGGGAAGCACCAACCGAGAGCGGGAAAGGCGGAUGAAAGCAAAAGCCGGGAGAUGGUGUGAAGGGGUGAAAGUGGUAGUAGGAGACUUGCGAGGGGCCGUUCGGAGAGAGACGAGGAACAACAUGUCAAUGAGGGUUUUUCGGCAAACUUCGAGGCUUGGAACCUGGGCCGCACAUCCUGGGCUGCCGUUGACGCUGCAGUGUGAGCCGGCAAGAACAGAACCGGCACAUCUCCUUUGAACUGUAUACAUAUUGUAUGCUCUGGCAUGUCACCAUUGUGGGAUGAUGGAGCUCUUGGUAUCAGCGUGUUAAAUUCGCAAGACAAGUGGGGCACUCAACUCAUUUCGUGUGUUAUACCUAUAUAAGUGAAGUUGCUGUUUGUAUUGUUCAGAAGCAGAGCUUUGUUUCGGAUGGCAACCAAUAAUUCUGAGUUUCUCAAGUUUGCGGCAGAAUACCUGUACAAGACCCUUCCACAACUCACUGUCUACAGUGAGGAUGCACAGACGGUCAUACAAGAACAGAUCCUUCAGUGCAUUGAAGCAUAUCGGGGCCUUUCCAUGACUCUCCAAAACCAUCCCCAAGAUGGUGGAAAUGAGUCUAAGGGUGCGAAGUUCCUCAUGUUUGUUUUGGAAGGAACAAUACCUAUCACCUACCAAGGUGGACAUUACAAUAUACCUGUCAAUGUGCGGCUUGCAGGAGGGUAUCCACUGAACCCUCCUGUGGGUUAUGUGAAAUCAUCACGAGAGCUCCAAUUGAAGCAGGACCAUGCACAUGUCGACAGUCUCGGUUUCUGCCAUAUAAAGGGAUUUGUGGCGGGGCAGUGGGAUGGCAGCCGCACAUUAAAGGAUUUUGUUGAUGAGAUGGUCCGAGUGUUCAGUGCGGAUCCUCCAUUGUACUCGAAGCCUGCACCUCUUGCACCAAGUGCACCUACAUCAGACAUGCAUGCCACUAAGGCACAUGCUGGUAAUCCAGCAGACUCAGCAGUUGUCACUUUGAAGGACGAAGGUGUACCCAUUAGGAGGAAAACCAAGAGCGGGGCUAAGAAGCGCCCUCAUGGUCAGCAGCAACUGCAUCACCAACAGCAACAACCUGUCCCAAAUCCACCUUUUCCAUCACAGACAAAAAGUACUGCAAAGAGCGUACUCUUGAGUGAACAGCCUCCAUCAGCACCACCUGCAGGAGGAGGGACUGGAGAGGGCCGCGAGAAAGUUCUGGGCCCAGAACGACCUAUAUCAGAAACUGGAAGUGACGUGUCAGCAUUGUCAACUCAGCUUUCUUCUUUGUCGACAGAUGACCACAAGAGGGGUGAUGCUGUAAAGAAUGUUGUGGCUGAUCUCCAAGACGGGAAGAUAUCCACAGACAGGGCAGCUAAGGUUAGCAGUUUUCUGUCCGUGAACACCCAGAUAUUCUUGUCUUAGGCAAACGAAUCCAUGCUGAGGAGGUUAAUAGAAAAAUAGCCCUGAGAGAGGAAGGGGGCAUGGAUGACACUUUGUUUUCUGAACCUA